UUUGGAUUCAUCACAGUUUUUUCUAUUUCGCACUCUCGCUUUUGUUUCACAUUUUAAGUUAUUUCCUACCCGUAAAAAAGUGUAAAAAACACACAACGCGCAAAAUGAUUAAAAUUUUCGUACUUUUCGCUUGUCUCGCCGUCGUUGCUGUCUCAGCUGCACCAAUCGAAGAGCCAGAACGUGAGGUGGUAGCCAUACUGAAGUCCGAGAUCAACAAGCACGAUGAUGGUUCUUACGAUUUGCACUAUGAAGGUGGUGAUGGCACCAUCCGCAAGGAGGCAGCCAGCGUAGUUGACGAAGGUACCGAAGAUGAGGCACUCGAAAUUAAGGGCUCCUACAAAUACAUCAACACCGAGGGUGAGGAAGUCGAGGUCUUCUACACAGCUGGCAAAAAUGGUUUCGUGCCCUACGGUUCAAUCAUCAAUCCAGAGAUUUCCGCUGUAGCUGAGGCUGCCAAGGACUUGCCCAAGGAAGAGGUUGUAGAACCAAAAAAGAAAAACGUCAGCGUCUAAAGAAACUGUUACAACAACAGAAAUAUUUAUGAUUACAAAUAUUAACGAAGAAUGAAAUUAGCGUAUAUGGAAAAUUGUAAAGGGAGAAAGAAAGAGCGGGUGAUGGUUCUAUUAGUCAGUUAAGUGAUAUGAUAUGAACGACAAGAAUUGACACUUUUGGUUUAAGAGUUUCUUAGUAUAAAUUUAUGUUACAUUUACAAAUAAGUAUGAUCUGUACUACACUAUAUGUACAUAUGUAUAUCUAAGCAUAAGUUAUGAGUAUGUCCUCUAAUUAUAUAUAUACUUCCAAACAGCGACACCCGAAGUAAAGAUAAAAACUGAAGAAGAAA